GCUCCAGCUGCCGUCCGCUGCGGCCGAAGCGCCGAGGAGCCGAGCAGAGGCCCGCCGUCCUCCUCCUCCAUGAGGGCCGAGUGAGCGCGGCGGCGAGAGCCGGCCCGCGGCGCCUCCCCCCGCGUCCUCUUCCGAGCGCAGCGGCAGCGGCCCCCGGCGGCGGCGGCGGCGGAGGAGGAGGAGGAGGAGGAGGAGGAGCAUGUCGGACGGUUUCGAUCGGGCCCCAGGUGCUGGUCGGGGCCGGAGCCGGGGCCUGGGCCGCGGAGGGGGCGGGCCUGAGGGCGGCGGUUUCCCGAACGGAGCGGGGCCUGCGGAGCGGCCGCGGCACCAGCCGCCGCCGCAGCCCAAAGCCCCGGGCUUCCUGCAGCCGCCGCCGCUGCGCCAGCCCAGGACGGCCCCGCCGCCAGGGGCCCAGUGCGAGGUCCCCGCCGGCCCCCAGAGGCCUCCCCGGCCCGGGGCGCUCCCAGCCCUGGAACGGGAGACCUUAGGCGAGCAACCCCUUCUUUUAACCCCCGACUCCUUAAAAGAGAAGAAACGAAAAGAAAGCCCUCAAGCAUUCAUUCAGGAGGCAGAACAAACGAGGCCCCUGAGAGCUCCACCUAGUUCACAGGAUAAUAUCCCGCAGCAGAACUUGGAGUCCGCAAUGGCUAAACCCCAGGUGGUUGUAGCUCCUGUAUUAAUGUCUAAGCUGUCUGCAAAUGCUCCUGAAUUUUACCCAUCAGGUUAUUCUUCUAAUUAUACAGAAUCCUAUGAAGAUGGUUGUGAGGAUUAUCCUACUCUAUCAGAAUAUGUUCAGGAUUUUUUGAAUCAUCUUACAGAGCAGCCUGGCAGUUUUGAAACUGAAAUUGAACAGUUUGCAGAGACCUUGAAUGGCUGGGUUACAACAGAUGAUGCUUUGCAAGAACUUGUAGAACUCAUCUAUCAACAGGCCACGUCUAUCCUAAAUUUCUCUUACAUGGGAGCUCGCCUGUGUAAUUACCUGUCCCAUCAUCUGACAAUUAGCCCACAGAGCGGCAACUUUCGACAGUUGCUGCUUCAAAGAUGUCGGACCGAAUAUGAAGUUAAAGAUCAAGCUGCAAAAGGCGACGAAGUGACUCGGAAACGAUUCCAUGCGUUCGUCCUUUUCCUGGGAGAGCUCUAUCUCAACCUGGAGAUCAAGGGAACAAAUGGACAGGUGACAAGAGCAGAUAUUCUUCAGGUUGGUCUUCGGGAGUUGCUGAAUGCCCUCUUUUCUAAUCCUAUGGAUGACAACUUAAUUUGUGCAGUAAAAUUACUGAAGUUGACAGGGUCAGUUUUGGAAGAUGCCUGGAAGGAGAAAGGAAAGACUGAUAUGGAAGAAAUCAUUCAGAGAAUUGAAAAUGUUGUCCUAGAUGCUAAUUGCAGCAGAGAUGUGAAACAAAUGCUCUUGAAGCUUGUAGAACUCCGGUCAAGUAACUGGGGUAGAGUUCAUGCAACCUCAACAUACAGAGAAGCAACACCUGAAAAUGAUCCUAACUAUUUUAUGAAUGAACCAACAUUUUAUACCUCUGAUGGUGUUCCUUUCACCGCGGCUGAUCCAGAUUAUCAAGAGAAAUACCAAGAGUUACUUGAAAGAGAAGACUUUUUUCCAGAUUAUGAAGAAAAUGGGACAGAUUUAUCAGGGGCUGGUGAUCCAUACUUGGAUGAUAUUGAUGAUGAGAUGGACCCAGAGAUAGAAGAAGCUUAUGAAAAGUUUUGUUUGGAAUCAGAGCGUAAGCGAAAACAGUAAAGAUAAAUUUCAACACAUCAGUUUUAUAAAGCAGUUUAGGUUAUGGUGAUUUAGCAGAACACAGGAAAAUGUGUCACACUUAUACCAAAUUAAGGAUGUUGAGUUAUGUUACUAAUGUAUGCAACUUUAAUUUUGUUUAACACUAUCUGCCAAAAUAAACUUUAUUCCCUAUAACUUAAAAUGUGUAUAUAUAUAUAAUAGUUUAUUAUGUACAGUUAAUUCCACUGUUUUGGCUGCAAUAAAAUCGAUUUUGAAAUAAAUGAAAUGUUGAAAGUAAAUUUUGGUAGUUGGUUAGAAGCUUACCCUUUAAAUUCUACUUUUCUUGAGGGGAAAAAGUCUUAGCCUGGAAAUACAUAUUAUUGCAAAAUGUAGCAUCCUUUUUUAGAUGAGUAUAUAGCUUUCAUUUAGUUUUACGUUGUCCCAAUGAAUUGGGUUUCAAAUAUGAAUCACCGUCAUGAAAUCUUUAGCACUGAAGUCUUAGAGUGUACCAUUAACAACUGAUUCACAUAUCCAGAUGUUAUUCGAUACCAAGGGCUUUUAAAAUAUCAUUAAAAAAAAAAAAAAAAGACUUAAAACUCCCAACUAAACAACCAGGAUUCUUCACUUCGGAUUUAUUGGAGUUGUUCUCUCCCUCCCUGCCCCCACCCCUCAACUUGAUUACCCUAAAGCGUGGAACAUUAUUCUGCUUUAUUUACGGCUUUCAUUUUUAUUUUGUAGCAUGAGUUGCGUUGACUUUUUUACUAGAGAAUUUUACUAGAUCUUUGUCACUCAAGUUUUCACCUGCUUUAUAAUUGAUACACCCUGAGGAUCACUUUUCUAAUACUUUUACUAUAAUGUAGUACCACCUUCGCCCUAUUUAAAAAUUAUUUGUACCUAAUGUCAAAGCCUUUUUCCAACUAACUAAAAGUAAAACUUAUGUACAAAAGGAUUGCUUGUAAAUAUGCAUGUAAAUAGUUCUGUUAAUAACCCACUGUUUUACAUUUGGUACAUCUGUGUCUGCUAAUACAGUUAGUUUUCUCACUUUUCUUCUUGUUUGUUCGGUCUGGAUUAAAAUUAGACUUUGAAAAUAAAA